AUUCUAUAGUACCUGUGGAGUUGUAGUAGAGCGGCUUCGCAGCUUUUAUCUUUUACGUCCUGUAUCUCACCUCAUUAAUGAACGUCCUUCAUGUGUAUCGGUAUUUCCUGCGGCAGUUUGCAUAUAAAAACCCUAUAAAUGGGCAGCGUCAGAUUCCAUUCGAAACAUUAACAUUUCUACGGAAAGUGUUUCGCUCAAAUAUGAAAUUUCGGGACGAAAGAUUUACAGUUAUAAGAAACUAUUUGCAGCAAGAUGAACACAAAGCUCGAUUGCUUCGUGAAACUCAAAGAGAAACAGUCGUUUCUGGUGAUCGAUUGAAAAAGGUUGCUAGUAUAGUUGGUUUAACAAUACCUGAAUAAGUUCUACGACGAAAAUACAAUAACCCAACGGUGUCAAUUUAGUCUGCACACGUUUGAUAUUCAUGAAAGCGUAAUUGGGGAA